AUGUUGGCGCAAAUAAAAACUGCGGGGGCGUACAUUGGAUUGUUAACGCUUUUUAUAAGUUUCAUCGUCUCUGGAUUAUUACUGAAUGGAAUCCAACUAUGUCUGUGGUUAACAGUCAAACCAAUAAGCAGAGGAUUAUAUCGCAAGAUAAAUUAUUACCUGCUGACCUGCUUAUGGAAUCAGGUUCUAUUGGUAAUUGACUGGUCCGGAUCAGCCAUCAGUGUUUACACUGAUACCGAGACAUGGUCGAAACUGGGUUCGGAAAAUGCUUUGCUUAUUAUGAAUCAUUCGAACGAGCUGGACUGGCUUGUAGCUUGGGUUCUAGGAAAUCAAGCCAACAUUCUUGGUAAUUCAAAACUGUUCAUCAAGAAAGCAGUUGAAUGGAUACCUAUUAUAGGUUGGGCGUGGAAAUUUGCUGAGAUAGGAUUCUUAGAAAGGAAUUGGGAAAAAGACAAAUCAACGAUGGACUUAUUUGUAAAAAAUCUAGUCGAGUACGAAGAUCCAGUCUGGUUGUUGUUCUUCCCGGAAGGAACAAGAUUUAGUAAGGAAAAACACGACGUAUCGAUGGAGUUUGCCGCCCGAAAAGGUUUACCACAUUUGAAACAUUUAUUGAUACCUAGGACGAGAGGAUUUUUUGCCAUAACUCAGCAGCUGAAACAAAAUUUUGGGGCUGUUUAUUCUGGCACCCUGUGUUUCAACACCAAAUUAGGUGCGUAUCCCAGUCUAUUAAAUGUGUUUCUCGGUCGGCCCGUCUUUGGAGAAGUCUUUUUAGAGCGCAUACCUUUCGAAGAUAUCCCCACCGAAAUGGAUAAGUCUGCGGAAUGGCUACUAAAUAACUUCGAGAAAAAAGAUAAGUUGAUGGACGCUUACGAGAAAAAUGGCGUUUUCCCGACAGCAUUAGCAGCAGAGGACGCUAAAUACUUCAAUGGCCCUAUUCGAUGUCAUUAUCGUCCACGUUCUGUCCUGCCAUUUUUGUUAUUUUGCCUGUGGAGUAGCUUCUGCUUACCAUUUAUGUUUAACUCGGUUAAAUGGUUCUUGGGCACAGGAUUUACAAGUCUAAUGGCAGUCGUUUUCAUUUUUGCAAUAAGUGCUUCCUUCAUUUACAAGCUAAUCGAUAUUACAUUGAUCAGUCGUGGUUCUUCUUAUGGCAAAGAUGUUUCCGUAAAAGAGUAAUGAGACAUCCGAUGUGGUCUCUUUCCUCUAUUGACGAAGAGUUUUGAUAUUACUGUGCGUAAGUGCGUAUGUUGUGUUAUUUUUUUAAUGGCAUACAACCUAAAUUUUAAUCAAAUGUCAAACCGUCCUCUUACAUGGUCUACAUAUCAGCUUUCUUUUAGAAAUGUAAAAAAAAUCAUAAUUACAAGAAAAUGCUUUUGGUUUUUAUGGUUGUUACAUCAAUAAAGUUUCUUUAUGAUAA